AUGUCAUCAUUAGAACCAAAAACUCAAGCUAAAGUUAUACUUAAUACUACCAAAGGAGUUAUUGAGAUUGAUAUAUGGUCAAAAGAAUUACCAAAUACAAGUCGUGAAUUUAUUUCAAAUUGUCUAAAUCAAAAAUUCAAUGAUUUAAAAUUUAUUACAAGUUCAAAUCUAAUUCAAUUUCCAAAUAUUAAUACCACCAAAAUUAUUAAAGAAUCACAUCCGAGAAUUAAAUGUAAACGAGGGUAUGUUGGUAUUAGUCAAGAUGGUGAAUCAAUUUUUAUAACAUUAAAAGAGAUACCUGAAUUUACAAACUUUAACAUUUUUGGUAAGAUUAAUCAAGAUUCUUAUUACAUAGCAUUGAAAAUAUCACAAGGUGAAGUUGAUAAUGAUGGAAAUCCUAUAUUUCCUGUUAAAGUAAUCUCUAGUGAAGUGAUUGAUCCUUAUUUCGAUGAUUUGGUGAAGAUAGAAGAGGAAACUGUUAAAGAACCAGCAAAGAAGAAGGCAAAGACAUUGGUUAAGAUGAAUUACAACGAUGAUGAGGACGAGGAUGAUGACGAGGAAGAAGAAUUCAGUAUCAAGAGUGCUAUUGAUGUAAAGAACGGUAAAUCAAAGAAGAUGGAAAGUACCGAAGAAAUCAAACGAGAUUCUGAAGCAGACUCAAAUGAGGAGCAACAACAGAAACAUUUGAAUAUAGUAGAGAAAAAAGAGGUGGAGGAUGAGACAUCAGAAAACGGUGAAACAUAUGGGGAAGAAAAAGUCAGUAACAUACCGGUUAUCAGAGAUCCAUCCAUAGACUCAGAAUAUGAUUCUGACCUAGAUUUAGAAAAAGCAGAAUCGAUUUCAUUAAGUAAAAAGAAAUAA